GGAAAGAUGGCGGCGGCUCGAACAGACCGAGGGGUUCCUCUGAGCACACUUUCACCCAAGUUUCUUCAUACCAACUCCACCAGCCACACCUGGCCCUUCAGCGCUAUAGCUGAGCUCGUAGACAAUGCCUAUGAUCCAGAUGUCAGUGCCAAACAGUUCUGGAUUGAUAAGACUGUAAUAAGUGGAAAACUAUGCCUCACUUUUAUGGAUAAUGGAAAUGGCCUGGACCAUGGCGCCAUGCAUAAGAUGCUCAGCUUUGGCUACAGUGACAAAAUAGCAGUGAACGGAAAGGAACCCAUCGGAAUCUAUGGCAAUGGCUUCAAGUCUGGCUCCAUGCGUCUGGGAAAGGACGCCAUGGUUUUCUCAAAGUCAAAGAACACAUUGUGUGUUGGAAUGCUUUCCCAGACCUACCUGGAGAAGAUCAAUGCCAAGCAAAUAAUUGUACCGAUUGUUUGCUUUGAGCAUAGCGGAUCAAAGUUUUGUGUUAGAGAGGAACACAAAGCCAGCUUGCAGGACAUUCUGCGCUUCUCCCUUUUCACAACACAGGACCAGCUGCUGGAUGAGAUCAAUAUCAUUAGUACAUUCGGAUCCACAAAGAGAACGGGAACGCGGAUUAUCAUCUGGAAUCUUCGCAGCACAUCAAUUGGAUCACCGGAGUUUGAUUUCAAUAAGGACCGUUACGAUAUACGAAUUCCCUCUGAGGCUCUGGAGACGAGGAACGAUCCUUAUCAGGCUUCAUCACACACCCCCGAGAGUCUUUUCUCACUUCGGGCAUAUUGCAGUAUUCUGUACCUGAAGCCUCGGAUGCAGAUCGUACUGCGCGGCCAAAAGGUGAAAUCUCAGCUCAUUUGUAAGAGCCUGGCCUACAUCAUAAAGGACAACUACAAGCCCAAUUUUUUGAACAAAUCCAUUCGUAUAACAUUUGGGUACAACACCAAAAGUAAGGACCAGUAUGGUAUUAUGAUGUAUCACAAGAAUCGGCUAAUCAAAGCCUACGAGCGCGUGGGUUGCCAACUUAGGGCCAACGACGAAGGUGUUGGAGUCAUUGGGGUCAUAGAAUGUAAUUUCCUGGAUCCCACUCACAACAAACAGAGUUUUAACGAGACAGAUAAGUAUAGAAAAACCAUAAGCAAUCUGGGAAUCAAACUAAAGGAUUAUUGGAAAGAAAUCCGACAUCGGAAGACCAAAGAAGACCCAAACAGAACCGUAUCAUUGGAGGACACCCCAAAGCGACCAGAUCAGAACUGGGCACAGUGUGAUGAGUGUUUGCGCUGGCGUAAACUCCCAGAUGGCAUUGACAUCAGCAAGUUGCCGGAUAAAUGGUUCUGCCGCCUGAACCCAGACCCUCAGUACAGGAGCUGCAGUGUAGAAGAGGAGCCCGAGGACUCUGAUGAUGAGCAAUCCUACCAAAAGACCUACAAACAGCAAGAGAGGGAGGACAGACUUAAAGAGGAGCAGAAACUGCUGCUGAAAGUAAGACUUCAAGAGCAGCGUUCACCUGUUAUGAGCACACAUGGUGAGAUGCUUCGACAGCAGGAUGAAAGACCGAGGCAGCAGCGACAUGAAACAUCUCCCAUGACCCCUAUCACCCCGAGAAGCAAGUCCAUCCACAGCGGUGUCACAAGGGCUGAAACCUCGCUGCUGAAGUCUUCCGCCAUUCCACAAGCUGCCUGCAGUCCCUCCAGAUGUAGUGCUCUCCCAGUUAUUUCUAAUGUGUGCUCAUUGUCAGGAGACCCUCAGAGCAGUGGAAAAAGGACGCAUCCCGUUGCUCUACAAAGCAUGUCGAAAAGACUCAAAAUAAAUGUCCCGCAACAGAAUUCCUCUAGCACAACUAGAAUUGAAAAUGCAACUUCCCCCAUUGUGCCCGUUCCGGAAGCUCAUGCUGAAGACGACAGCGAUACCGACGACGACGUGCUCAUCUUGGAGACCGCUAGCACCCCCAAGCCAAAAAAUCCAGUCUGCAAUCUAAAUUUAGUGAAGACGGAAGAAGAGGAUAUUGAGAGUCUUCCCACUAUGCUGUUUGAGUGCAACAAUGAUGCUGCUGUGGAUGUGGCCCCAGGGGCAGCUGCUGACGUGUCUGCAGGCGCAGGAAGCAGGCCGCUCACAGACAUGGUCACCAUCACCACCCAGACAGAGGCACCCAAAGUGAAGCAAGAACAGGGUCCGAAGGAAAGUCAAGGUGGGCAGAGUGCGCCGACUAAUGGUGCUGCAGAGAGGAGGCCGGACUUGGACAUCCACAGCCAUAAGCAAAAAGAUAUUAAGCAGGAAGGCAGUGGGGAGAGUCACAGAGAGAAUGAGGGGCAGCGGGGCUUACAGAACGGAGAGACUCUUAUGGAGAACAGUGAAGCUCCUGGACCUUCUUAUGCAGAUCCCACCGUAAAUCAGUACCCCAGUAUGUCUGAGGCACAGAAACAACAAGACCAGCUCCUGGAGCUCAUGCAGGAUACUGCUAAGGAGAGAGACUGUUUCAAGAAUCAGGUCCUAAAGCUCACGUCUCAGCUUCAGAGCGCUGAGAACAGACUGCAGGAGCAGUCGCAGAUGAAUAUAAAGAAGGAGUGUUCACACCAAGCCUGCCAGACAGAAGAAAGGGGGUGGAACAAGGACUACAAGGGCCUCUUUGAAAGGGCCAAACAGAAAAUCAAUGAUCUGAUAAAAGACAAAGAGACUUUAUUAGCAGCUGCUGAGACCAAGAGCAGCCUCACUACCGCCCAAGAAGAGGAAGAGGAUGUUGAUGAGAUUUCAUCGCAAGUUGGCCGAUUGGUCCAAGAACUGGAUAAAAGAACCAAGGAGAGGGAUGAGCUGCGCUCACAGGUUGACAGUCUGGAGGAGGAAAGGUUGAGCCUGGCAGCCCAGUGUGAAGAGCUAAGGCUAAGCAUGCAGCAGCAAAUGGAAAAUGUGCAAUCUCCUCACAGAACCAUCAAUUUUUCUCUCCAGUCACAGGAGGCAGGAAUGUCGGCACAAUCGCAGUCAGAUGCAUCCAGAAGAUUGGUUCAGCUCCGACACAACAUUGCACCCCUCCUCAUCCCUCACUGGCCUGCUAUGGAUCUGGAGCAAGUAAAUUAUGAGUCUGAUGUCAUUGAUGAGAUCCUGAAGGAAGUUCUGUCUAAUAUGAAUUCAUAGUGCUUCCAUUCCCUACUUGGAGGUCUUCAGGGCUCCACAUUGUAACUAGCUUGGUGCAUUUUACAAUCAUAUUUGAAAUCAUGCAAUAAGGCUCACUGGUGGAACCUAUAAAUAUGCCCCCCCCCCCUUUUUUAUGUAUUUAUGUUUCCCAGUUCUCCACCAAAACAGCAGGUUUAAGUAAAUCUGUGUUUCUGUGCCCUGGUGAAUGAAUUAUAACGACACAACAUGUGAUGGCACGUGCAGGCACAUGACUGUUUUCUUUUAGUUUGCAAGGCAACAAUAUAGAAAACAAAAUAACUCUACACAUAUGCAGUGUUCGUUUCUGUGGUCCAACAUUUCUGUUUUAAGAAUCUAAUUUCCUGACUCAGUUUACAGAGAUGAACUGUUUUAGAGUAAACUGGCAACACAAACUGUCGAGGCCUGAACUGCAGUGUGACUAAUUUAUGCUUCAAACUGCAAAGUAAGGUGAUCUACUAUUCCUUUACCGCUUGGUUCGCAUUUAGGUCGACAUGUUCCAAGAACCAGAGUUUUAAGCAAAUGUGACAAUGUAGCAUUCCAUCACACUGAUGUGUCACCCAGUCCGUUUUGAUACAGUGAAAUAAAGUGUUUCCAUUUUUUACAUUUAGUUUAACCACAGAUUUACUGUUCUGCAAUGAUUUGGCAAGGGUUAUGUCUAGUUUUGUGACAUUCAUGGAUUCAUAUUUAUUGCCCCUUUGUUAUGACUUUAGUAAGCCUUUAUAUCAUUAUUAUUAUUUAUCAUUGGUGUUUAUGAAUUUUUUGUUGGUUUGGCAUUUUUAUCAAGCCCUGCUUUCACUCCUCUACAACAGCCCAGGACUUUUCAUUUCCCAUUUUGAUCAAGUUUUGUUUUUGGACUCAUUGAAACAGCUGCCAGGGAGUCCCGUUUAGAACCUACUGCAGGAACAAAUGUUGGAAAUGAAAUUGUACUUAUUGAAGAUGGCACCCAGGCUGAUGUUCCCUGGGAUCUGGUUGUCAUGCUGUACGCAUGUAAUCCAUGACUCUUUAGGGCACAGUUUCAAAAAGAGGUUUUGCUCUCCUGCUCUUAGCAAAAAAGAAACAUGGCUUAUUAUUUAUUUAAUGCUUCCAUUUUGUUUCUUGCUGUCUGAUCACCAUCUCUGAUCCACCUGUCUGGAACUGUCUAAGGUUCAAGUGGAUCUGCAAAGACUCUUCUAAACUGCUUCGCACUGCUCCCUAAAAAUAACAAGCAGUAUAGUAAGUGAGGUCAGCAUACAUCAUUUUAUUACUAUUAACAGUUUGCUCUAAAGUUUUGAUUUGAAAGCAUUUGUUGAGACUAAAUCAUGUUGCUUCUAAUUCUGUUUUACAAUGGCAGAUUUUUGUGUACAUUUUCUGUGAAAUAUAUUUUUGUACUCAAAUAUUACAUUUUGGUGUUUAUCAUUCACACUGCAGAGGAUUCCCGACAGGACAAAUGGAAGGUGUGGCUGGCAACAGGCCUCAUGGCACAUUUUCUAAGUUGCACAUAUUCAGCUUCCAUCAAUUGUUGGUGCCCGAUCAUCUUGAAUUGUCUUUUUAUUUUUUUUAUUACAGAUAACCAAGAUUAAAAUGAUUUGCAUGUCUCCUAAGUAAGUUCAUUUUCCUAGAGAGGCCAAAAGAAUUUCCAUCUCUCCUCUGACUUUGCAUACUUUGUUAGAGUGUGCAAUACCUUAAGAUUGACAUGAGAUAAGUCUGAGAAGCAUAAGAUGCGUUAUUGAAGAGUUUGUAAAAGCUCAAAAGCUUAUCGCUACUUGUACAAAAAUGCAAGACCACAAAUGAGUAAAAAUCUGGAUGAAUUAAUGAGGGAAUUUUUAUUUAUUUAUGGUUUUCAUGCUGUCUUUUCAACUCCCUAUCAAAAUCCCAUCAGCCUUAAACAGCUUGUACUAGUCAUUUUUGGAGCUUCAUACUUAAAAGAACGAGUUGUCCAAUUGACUUUUUUGCAUGUGACUAUUCGUUGAUAUAGGCUAGCAUCAUUUGUACAAAUAGGAAGGGAAUCUUGAUUCAUCACACUCAUGAGAUGGUCAAUAUUUACAUUUACAGGUACAUUUGCGUCUGCCACAAC